AUGGCCGGGCGCGACCACCGCAGGAACGUGUCGUCGUCGUCGGCCGGGAGGCCCGGGCGACGAUCGGCGGGGCCGAGUCCCUUGUGGUCGCAGCAGCUCCCCGCCGGCAGUAGCAGCGGCCGGGCUAAGUCCCUGUUCAGGUCCAUCGGCGUCUGGUUCAGCUCCCUCUCUACGCCAUCGUCGCCUGCCUCGGCCUCCAAGAAGAAGAAGAGGGCGCUGGCACCGGCGCCGGCGCCGGCACCUGACGACGCGAUCAAGAAGCCACCUUCAUUCCGCCACGGUACCGCGCGGCCGUCGUUGCUCCGGGGAGCAGGAGGGCUGUACAGCAACACCAGCAGGAGGGGGAGCGUGGCCGCGGGGCAGCAGUUCCAGAGCUCGGUGUUCACCAUGGACGAGAUCCUCAAGGCGACAGACAACUUCUCCCCGGCGCUCAAGAUCGGGCAGGGCGGGUUCGGCGCCGUGUACAAGGGCGUCCUCCCCGACGGCACGGUGGUGGCCGUGAAGCGCGCCCGCACCAAGAGCCCGCACGUGGACGUGGAGUUCCGGAGCGAGGUGAAGAUCAUGGCGCGCGUGGAGCACCAGAGCCUGGUCCGCUUCUACGGCUACCUGGAGCACGGCGACGAGCGGGUCGUCGUCAUCGAGCACGUCCCCGGCGGUACCCUCCGCGAGCACCUCGACCGGUGCCACGGCCGGUUCCUGGAGCUCGGCGCGCGGCUGGACAUCGCCAUCGACGUCGCCCACGGGGUCACGUACCUGCACAUGUACUCCGACCACCCCAUCAUCCACCGCGACAUCAAGUCCUCCAACAUCCUCCUCACCGCCUCGCUGCGCGCCAAGGUGGCCGACUUCGGCUUCGCGCGCCUCGGCGCCGGCUUCGGCUCCGGCGGCGGCGGGGCCGGAGCGGGGAGGCCGCACGUGACGACGCAGGUGAAGGGCACGGCGGGUUACCUUGACCCGGAGUACCUCAAGACGUGCCAGCUGACGGACCGGAGCGACGUCUACUCCUUCGGGGUGCUGCUGGUGGAGCUGGUGUCCGGGCGGCGGCCCAUCGAGGCGAAGCGGGACAUGCAGGAGCGGCUGACGGCGCGGUGGGCGAUGCGGCGGCUGGUGGAGGGGCGGGCGGCGGAGGAGGUGCUGGACCCGUGCCUGCUGCGGACGGCCGCGGCGGGGUGCGCGGCGGAGGCGGUGCUGGAGCUGGCGUUCCGGUGCAUGGGCCCCGUCAGGGACGAGCGGCCAAGCAUGGACGACUGCUGCCGCGCGCUCUGGGCCGUCAGGAAGACGUACAGGGACAUGGUGGCCACCACCAUGGGCGCCUACGACGCCUUCUCCGACCGGGCAAGCUCGUCCAGCGCCAGCACCGGCACCGGCGAGCUCUGCAGGAUGUGAUUUUUGAUUUGGUCUUUUGUCGGGUAACGCGUCCACGUACGUACCUAUGUAGUACGAUGCUAACCGGUUGGAUUUGAUUGUAAAUAUUUCGUCGUGAGAAGUGACAACACGCA